UGCAGACCUCCCGCGCCUGCGCACUGGAGCCAAAGGGGCUCGUGCGGAACUCCCGCGCUAGCCGCUCGCCUCGCCUCGAACCCUCCUCGCAGAGUUUCUGUCGCCCGCCAUGGAGGAGGCUGAGGCGGAUGCUGGGGAAAACUCGCACGCCAAGGCCGAGAAGGCUGUGGCCGUGGCCACGCCGCCGCCGCCGCUGCCUCCCGUCUCCCCACCCGCCCUCACCCCGCCGCCGGCAGCCCGUGAGGAGGGCCCGGCGUCCCUGCCUGAGGCUGGCGCCCCUGGCUGCUCCGGCCCUCGGGCCCCGGAGCUGGAACCCAUGCACAGCCUGGGCCGCUUGAGAGGCCGCUUCGAGGACUACGAUGAAGAGUUGGAAGAGGAUGAGGAGCUGGAGGAAGAGGAGGAAGAGGAGGAGGAGGAGAUGAGCAACUUCUCGCUGAGGCUGGAGUCAGGGCGGCCGGAAUCCGAGGACGAGGAGGAGCGCCUGAUUAAUCUUGCUGAGCUGACCCCAUACAUCUUGUGUUCCAUUUGCAAAGGUUACUUAAUAGAUGCAACUACCAUUACAGAGUGUCUUCAUACCUUUUGUAAAAGCUGCAUUGUAAGACAUUUUUACUAUAGCAACAGAUGUCCAAAAUGCAACAUAGUAGUCCAUCAGACACAACCUCUUUAUAAUAUAAGGUUGGACCGACAGUUACAAGACAUAGUGUACAAAUUAGUGAGCAAUCUAGAGGAAAGAGAAAAAAAGCAAAUGCAUGAUUUCUAUAAAGAAAGAGGUCUGGAAGUACCUAAACCUGCUGCUCCACAGCCAGUCCCUUCAAGCAAAGGAAGAGCUAAGAAAGCCCUAGAAUCAGUAUUCCGUAUUCCACCUGAACUUGAUAUGUCUUUAUUACUGGAAUUCAUUGGUGCUAAUGAAGACUCCAGACAUUUUAAGCCAUUGGAAAAGAAGUUUGUCCGAGUUUCAGGAGAAGCAACUAUUGGGCAUGUAGAAAAAUUUCUCAGAAGGAAAAUGGGUCUUGAUCCAGCUUGUCAGGUAGAUAUCAUCUGUGGUGAUCACUUGCUGGAACGGUACCAAACACUACGGGAAAUCCGACGUGCAAUAGGUGAUACAGCAAUGCAGGAUGGUCUGCUUGUCCUUCAUUAUGGUCUUGUGGUUUCUCCUCUGAAAAUAACUUGAAGAUGCAAGGAUAUAUGAGGAGGGAAACAAAGUAGGGCGGCUUCUGCAGGUCUGCAUCUCACCAAAGAUUCCACAAACCAUGCAAUCACCACCACUUUGUGCUAUUCAAGAGCUAACAUCUGUUUUCAGCACCAGGAAUCCUAGCAUUUGUAGGUACAACUUGAAACAAUGAAAUGUUUUUGUUUCAUUAGAGACUAUAUGUGAAAAGCACUCAAAACUCAGGGGAAAAAUUCAAAACACUGAAUUUUAAAAUUCCUUAUGAUUCCUUAGGUUGAAUUGUUGCUUCCCAUCUUUGAGGUGUAUUGUUCAUUCUUUUCUCCUUUGUUGAGCUGUAUUCCUUUCAAGUUGGUGGCUGGGAUCUGCUCUCCAGGAUGUAUCAGGUGGGCAGUUGUUCUUUCAGAAAAAGCUUUGCUUUUGAAGGGGAAAUCCAAAGCCAGUCUAGUAAACCACAAUGUGUGCUCUCAGAACCAAAACUACUGGCCAUAUGUAUGUUUUAAAUGCUAGUACUAUUACUAAAGCAAUGUUCAGUUUUAAGAUGGAUGGAUUACAUUAUGUGGAGAGACUCACCCGUAGAGCUUAUGGUUCGUCUUAACAUAUCUUAAAAUUAAGAGGUGCUUCUUUGUGAAGAUUUUUAAUUUUAUUUACAUAUGUAUUAGUGCUGCUGGUAUGGUGGUAUCAAAAUUCCCACAGUGUGGUUGUUGAUACCUUGUAAGGGCACUGCUUCUAAAAGGUAACAGGUUUCAGGUGAAUCCAGAAGUUUACACAGUACCUACUGACUCCAUGUUUAAUGUGCGUUUUCUUAUUGUCACUGGGAUAGAAAAGAGUUUAAGAAUUUUGCUUUCAUGCGGACUUCAGUUUUAAACAUUAUUUUGCCUAAAAUUAGCAUCCUGACACAUUCUAAAAAGAGUAUUUUAUAGAGUUGUUCACAGCAGAAAUUCCAAAUUGUACAGACAGAAAAUUGGACAAAGAUUGGCAAUUGUUUUGUAAGGAAUUCGUGAAUUAUGCAUAAAUCCACCAUUUAAUAAAAUUUUUUA